CCUAACUUUACGUACCUUUUUUUGAGUAGGUACCCGCGCUGCGACCGAUUGCCCAUCCCAUUCUCAAUUCUUUACAUUCCAUCUUUCUCUCGUCCACCUUUACUAAUUUCCACCAAGCACAACUACAAGGUCCGCGGUGCAUCAACAAUACCAAUUUUCUACAUCUUCAUCUAAGGUUAUAUUUCAUAUAAUCCUUUAUUAUUUCAUCCUCGACAACUCUUACCACUACCGUCGCGUCGCGCAUCCAUCACGAUGUCCGACUACGCCUCCCUAAAGGUUCCAGAGUUGAAGAAGCUCCUCCAAGAGAAAUCCCUACCUGUAACAGGUAACAAGGCCGACCUGAUCGCUCGUCUGCAAGAUCACGACAAGUCCCAGAAUCCCGCUCCAGUUCGCGAAAACGAGGACGAGAUUGAUUAUAGUGAUGAUGAAGUCCCGACCACGUCAAAGCCUUCAGAAACUGCGUUAGCUGCCGAGCCCGUUGAACCGACACCAGCUCCAGUUGAAGAGAAGUCUGCUGAGCCUACUGAGCCUGUGGAGAGUGCGCCGGACGCUGCUCCGACCACAGACAAGCCGGCUGAGGAUGAGACUGAAGAAACUGUCAAGACAGAAGCUCCAAAAGAAGACUUCUCUGCGCACCUCCCUGCAUCUAACGCAGAUGAAGAGGCACGUAAGCGCGCCGCGCGAGCCAAGCGAUUUGGCGUAGUUGAGAAUGACGAGGACAAGAAGAAAACUGAGCGCGCCGAGCGUUUUGGUGUGGAUGAAUCCUCUUUGGUGAAGGGUCUCGAUGCUGCGCUACCCGAGAAGAGGCCAUCGAAGCGAGGCCGAGAAGGUGGUGGUAAUGCCGAAGGUGAACGAGGCGCGAAACGACAAAACCCCGGUGGUCAACAAAGAGGCAAAGGUCGUUUCCGCCAUGGUAGAGGCGGUCGGCCAAAUAACGGUCCUCGAAAAGAGGGCAGGCCGACCGGCGCAAAGGGGAAGUCUGGCAUUCUAAACGAUCCAUCCGAAAAGGCAAAGGCCGAGGCGCGAGCAAAGCGCUUUGCUGGUGCUUCUUAAACAAAUUGGAGAAGACGUGCCAUCGAUCCAGUAGAACAGAUCAAGACUAACUCUAGCAGUACACUUCAGGGAAUACUACCUGGAGAAUGUUGCUAUAGUGCCCCAUUUUCCUAUCACCGCAAACGCAAGGUGCCGGACAACUUCGAGUCGAGAGGGAUAUUACACCGCUACUAUGCACGAUUAUCUUCGGUUGCCGCUGUACACUAGUUCGUCUCCUUCGUUAGCCUAUCGCGAAUAAUGACCUUCCGACAUUUCUUGUUCCAGGCCUACGCUUAAUUACAUCAUGAAAUACCAUGCCGUCGUUUCUAUACUACCAUUUAGGCGGAUGAUAUUAGAUAAAGUCUGAAAAUCACACGCCUAUCCUUGAAUAAACGAUUCACGUGAACGAAUAUUAGUCUGCAAAGUGAGCCCGUCAAGAUCGACGCCCAGCGAACGCACCUUACCCGAUUGCGUGCGACC